AACAAAACCUUGAGCAAUAUUCAAUUUAGAAAUGGAUACCGACAACAUUUCUCCGAUGUUUGACAUGCAGACAUUCUCAAAGGAAUCAUUUUCUGUAGAUGAAUUUUUAACAGAAAAUCGUAAUAAAAUGACACUAGAAAACAUGAGAGUUGAAAUGGGCAUUUUUCUCAAAGACCUACGCAAUAAAAUGAUAAAUUCACUCAAUGAUGAUUGUGAUAAAUAUUUUCAUUUAUCUAGAGGAUUAAUUGGUAUUGACCAGCAAUUAGCAACCUUAAAACCAGGAUUGAGUUUGUUGAGUAACUCUGUUAAUGAAGCUAAAAAUAAUUUGGAGAAUACACUAUGUUACCUGGAUAAUGAAAUACAAUUAAAUAAAAAAAUGUGUGAAGAUAAACAGGCAUUUCACGCUAUUUUACAAGUGCAAACAUCUUUAGAAAAAUUAGAUGAAUUAUUAUUGGAUCAAAAUGAUUGUAAUAUAAUCAUUUUAACUAGAGCUGUGGCUGAAUAUAAUCAGCUUUCAUCAAGGAUGACAAAAUGCAGUGAUCUAUUGAAAACUGUGCAUUUGACGAAACAAACAACGCUGAAUGGUUUAUUAAUGAGCAAAUUAAAUGAAGCAUUUGUGUCUUCAGUGUCAACAAAUGCAAACGCAGUGAAGCGUUUUCUUGAACUAUAUUUAUCUUUAGAUAGAAUAACAUAUGCUGAAGAUGUGUGUAGGACUGAAGUUGUGACGCCAGCAAUGAGGUCUAUACUGAAUGAAAAUUAUUUACGGAGUUGUAAAGAUGGUUUAAGAGAAUUAUACAGCCAGUGCUAUGCAUUCCUUCAAGUAGAUUUGAAACAUUUGCUUCAAGCUGCAGAAGAACAAAACAAUGUAAGUAACGAGUCUUGCAAGUUCAAUUUUGUUUCAAAAAGCUUCUGGCCUGUUAUCUUUGAUCAAGUAAAAAAUAAUUUGCAAUGCAUCUAUAACUUCAGAGAACCUGAUAUUUUCAUAAAAAAUUAUAAAGUAACAUUUAAUGAAUUUAUGAAACAUUUGAUUGAAUUAUCUGUUUCACAACAUGAAAGUGAACCAUUAAACAAAGUACAAAGUUGGAAUGAUUUUAAAAAAUGCUGGAAUUUGCCAAUUUACUAUCAAUACCGGUUUCAAGAGAUUGGAUUUUGUGCUGAAAACAUUAUGAACCACAAUAGUUAUGAGUCAUGUAGUGAUGAUAUGUUUAAACUUAAAGUCACAAAAGCAGUAUGGGAUUCUAUGUGUUCUUGUUUAGAUCCAAAUAUCUUCAUACACCAAUUGAGCCACAGAUUUUUCAAAUUAAUAUUACAGUUGAUAUCUAGAUAUCAGACUUGGGCAGAAGAUGCUAAUAUCAAAUCAAAGACUGAUUUAAAAGAUUUUAGCACUCGUAUUAAAUUUCUUGAGGAUUUGGAAAGUGAUUUAAAUGUAUUUUAUUUAAAAUUAAAUGAUAUAUAUUCCAUGUUUGAAGAAUUGUUACGUACAACGGUACCUGUUGAUAUCAUAGAAUCACAAAAAAGUAGUAUUGUAAAUGACAAUUUGAAUACGUUGAUUACUGAUUUAAGUAAGUGUAAAGUGCAAUCUGUAACGGAUGAAGCAAUGUCUCAUGUAAUAAGAGUAACUGAUGUACCAAGGUUGUUCAGACAUACAAAUCGAGAUUAUCCAACUGAACCAUGUGCUUACAUGAAAUCAAUAGUGAUAACAUUAGAAACAUUACAGAAUAAAAAUUGUAAAAAACAAGUAUUAGAUCAUAUAGUAACACAAUAUGUAGCUUAUGUUGAUGAUGUUAUGAAAGCAAUAAAAAAAACAGAAGAAAGCUUAAGAAAAUUAAAAAAGAUUAGAGAUCCAAACUAUAAAGUUAAUUCGGAUGAUGAUAAAAUUCGUUCCCAGCUAACACUGGAUAUAAAUUACUUGUUACAGUCUAUUGGUGAUAUGAGUUUACCAGAAGUAAAUGAAAUUGAAUUGAAGUUGGACAUUGCAAAACAAACAAUUCUUGUUGAUAAAGUCUCAUAGAUAUUAGAAACAUAAAAAAAAAAUUAUACAGUUGAAAAUAUUUAUUUAUAUUUAAUGUUAAUAAAAAAAAUGACAUAAAC